ACGGUGGUGAGUUUCCAUUGUCAAAUCAAUCGAAUUUCGUAGAACUUUGAGUUGAUAAUGAAUCAUGACCAACUGAUUCUUCUCCACUGAAAUCUCUCUGAGUCAUUCAAAACCACUCAAAAAUUCCUUCACUGACAAACCUCCCUGAGCCCAUAUCCUUCGAUUUCGCCAGUUCGCACCUGAGGUCUCUCUUUUAUUUUCUUUAUUUCAAAUUUUUUCUUCCCUAUUUCCGGUUUGAAAAAAAAUUCCGUUUCGGUAUUAUCUAAUUUCUUAAAAAAAAAAAAAAGUUUUUGCAUUCGGUUAUUUCUCGUUUACUAUAUAAAUUUCUUUUUUCAUUUCUCUUAUUUAUUGUUAAUUUUGAAACUUGUGUUUGAUCGUGUUCUGUCUAAUACUUGUCUUUUGAUUAUAUUCAUCUGCUUUACUUCUCUUCUGUUUUUCAAAAAAAAAAAAAAUUGAAAAAAAAAAUGGUUGAUGUUGCCGGGAGUAUUGGGGGAGUGUUGAGUCCUGUCCUUGAAGUUGGCAAAUGGUUGGCUGCUCCAAUUUGGCGUCAAUUUAAGUACUUGUAUAAGUACAGUACCAAUUUCAAAAAGCUGGAAAAGGAAGUUAAGAAGCUGAAGAAUACAAGGGACGAAGUUCAGCAUAAGGUUACUGUUGCUGAAAGAAAUGUGGAAGAGAUCAAACAGAAUGUUAAAGACUGGCUGAAGGAUGUGGAUAAGACAAUUACAGAAGCAGAGCAGUUGAUUCAAGAGAAGACAAACAACCCUCCAUGUUUUAAAGGAUUGUGCUCCAACUACAAGCAAAGCAAGAAAGCUUUCAAAUUAAAGUGGGAUGAUAUUGAUCCCCUCCUCCAGCAGGAAAAGGAAUUCGAUCAAGUUUCCUUUCCUACUAUUCAACAAGAUAUCUGGCUUAGAUCUAGCGAAGAUUAUUUGACGUUCGAAUCAAGAAACUCCAUUAUGAAGAAUGUAUGGGAUGCUCUAAACGAUGAGAAUGUGUACAUGAUUGGUGUUUAUGGGAUGGGUGGUACUGGGAAGACCACUCUUGUGCAAGAAGUUGGAAGGAAAGCGGAGCAGGAUAAUCUAUUUGAGGACAUUGCUUUUGUUGAGGUAACACAAACUUUGGAUAUAAAAAAGGUUCAAACAGAAAUUGCAGAGAAGUUAGGCGUAAAAUUCAGUCACGACAGUGAAAGAGCAAAUAAGUUAUAUGAGAGAUUGAAGAGAGGUAAGAAGAUCCUUUUAAUUUUAGACAAUAUUUGGGAAGAUGCUGAUCUCAAGACUAUCGGUAUUCCUUCUGAAAUGGAUCAUGGGGGAUGUAAACUAAUGUUCACGACAAGAAACUUAGACGCAUUGCAGAAGAUGGGUUCCACAAAUAAUUUCAAGAUGGGCAUUUUAGAAGAAAAUGAAGCUUGGAACCUAUUCAGGAAGAUGGCAGGUGAUGUUAUACAAACAUGUGAAUUGAAUUCUCUACCGAAGGAUGUAUGCAAGGAAUGCGGAGGAUUGCCCAUCGUCAUUUGCACUAUAGCAAAAGCAUUAAGAAACAAGAGUCAUCCAACUGAUUGGAAAGUAGCAUUGCGAGAAUUAAGAGCACCAUCACCAAAAAAGUUCAUAGGACUCCUAGAAAAGGAAUACAUGAAGAUGGCCUUAAGUUACAAUUAUUUAAGGGAUGAAGAACUUAAGAAAAUGUUUUUAAUUUCCAGUUUAAUGGAAAAUAAUACUUCCAUUUCAGACUUAUUCAAACAUGUUGUGUGUUUGGAUAUACUUGAAGGAGCUAAUUUGACAAUGCAAGAUGCACGAGAUCGAUUGGAUAAAUUGGUUCGUGACCUCAAAGAUGCUAGUUUGUUACUAGACGGGGUUAGAAGCGAACAAUUUUCUAUGCAUGAUGCAGUUCGUGUUGUUGCUAUAACAAUAGCAUACGUUGAUCAUCAUGUAUUUACAACAAAAAAUGACAUUGAACAGGAAUGGAAGGAUAACGUUAAACUCAAGAAAUGCACAAAAAUCUCCCUACAUGGUAGCAGUACUAUUAUUAGUCAAAUUUGGCGUAAUGAUUUGGAUUGUCCAGCUCUUGAAUAUUUCUAUAUGCCCAACUCUUACUUCAGAAUGCCGGAGGACUUCUUCAUAGUGAUGCCGAAGCUCAAAGUUUUAAAUUUAUUUAGGCUACACAGAUUGUCAUUGCCAUCAUCCCUUCAUCUUUUGAAAAACCUUCAAACAUUAUGUUUAGAUAAUAGCACAAUUAACAAUGUUGCUGUUAUUGGAAAGCUAAAAAAACUAAAAGUCCUUAGCUUGAAACAUUCAUUUAUUAUGGAGUUGUCUGAAGAAAUAGGUCAAUUGACUAAACUCAAGUUAUUAGAUUUAAGCAAUUGUAAACGAUUGCAAGUUAUUGUGCCAAAUGUCAUAUCAAAACUAUUGCAAUUAGAGGAAUUUCAUAUAAAGGGCUGCCCUAUUCAGUGGAAGGUUGAAGUACUCAAGGAAUUAAAGCUCUUGUCUAAUCUCACAAGUGUAGAAUUGGAUGUUAGAGAUAACAAUGUGCUACCUAAAAACUUAUUUGCCAAAGAGCUUAAAAGGUACAAAAUAUCAGUAGGAGAUUUUUCGGUCCCAUAUCAAAAAUAUGGCGAACUUGAGCAUUAUGGGGAACAUGAGCUUUUGAGGAUGUUGAAAUUUAAAUUUAAUUCUAUCAGGUCACUAGAAGAAUUAUAUGGAUUUAAGGAUAUUGAACUCUUAUGCUUAGCUGAAUCUUCAGAAGAUCAGAACUAUGUUGAUCAUUCAAAUUUUGAUUUGCAGUCCAAUGAAAUCAUGCCCCUGUUUAAUGAAAAGGUUAUUUUUACCAAUUUUAAGACAUUGGUAUUGUACAAUAUUAGUUUGGGAAAAAUUUGGGAUAGUCGAAUUUCAACCCCUCCCUCUCGAAAUUUGAAACGACUGACAUUGGAGAGAUGUGGAAAGAUGGCAUAUGUGUUUUCAUUUUCCAUAGCUAAAAGCCUCAGACAACUUCAAUGCCUAGAGAUAAUAGAUUGUGAGGUUUUAGAGAAGAUUGUUGAAGAAGAAGGAGCAGAACUUGUAGUUAAUUCUAUCUUUCCACAGGUAACCAAAUUGGUGCUUCAAAAAUUACCAAAACUUACAAUUUUUUAUCUAGGAAUACAAGUUUCAGAAUUGCCGAUGUUAAAAUGGUUCGAGAUAGAGAAUUGUGAAAAAUUCACUCCAAGAUAUUUGGGCUUGCAAAAUGAUAAUACGAAGGGUGAACUUCAAAUUUCAGAGUCAAAAUUCAUUCGCUUGGAACAUAAGAUCAACCACAAUUUGGAGAAUUUUAUAUUAAGGGAUAGUGUGACACACAUUACAUGGAAGAGUCAAUAUAAAGAUCUUAUAAUCUACAAAUCAGCAAAUAUUCCACUUGGACUCCUUCAAAGAUUUCAAAGUGUGAAAAAGCUCCAACUUCAUUUUUGUGAAUUCAAAGAAAUUACGAGUGUAUCAAAUCUUCCAAAUCUUGAAUAUCUAGUAGUAGGAUUCCAUUGCAACUUGAGGAGUCUAGUGCCAUUUUCAGCUUCCUUCCAGAAUCUUAAAGUUCUCAUAGUCAGGUAUGUAAAUGGGUUAGUUGUCUUAACAACACCUUCAAUGGCUAGAAGCUUGAUGCAGUUGAGAGAAUUGAAAAUAUCAAAUUGUGAAAUACUUGUUGAAAUAGUAGAGAAUGAGGGAGAUGCAACAAGUAGUACCGAAAUUGUUUUUGACAAUUUGAAGUUGGUGUCACUUCAAUGGUUAGAAAGUUUCACAUGUUUUUGCUCUGGGAAUUACUCUUUCAAUUUCCCAUCACUAGAAGAAUUAGUUAUAGAAAAUUGUCCCAACUUGAAGACUUUCUCUCAAGGAAUGUUAAACACUCCAAAGCUGCACAAAGUCAAUUACAAGGAAAUAGAGAAUGAGGGGAAUGAUCUUGAUAAAAUCAUACAUGGAUUGUGCAAAAAGAAAGACGAGGAAAUCUCCCUUGAUUUCAAGUACAAGGCAUUCCACAGUGAUAAUUCUACAGAAAUUUGCUACAACCAGCAUCCAACUUUCUUCUAUCAAAAUUUGACACAGUUGAUCCUUUGGAAUUGUGGAAAUAUAAAAUAUGCAUUUCCACUUUCCAUUGUCAAAACUCUCCACCAACUUCAACAACUAAUGAUAGGGGAUUGUAAGGUUUUAGAAGAGAUUGUUGCAAAAGAAGAAGGAGUAAAUUUUAUGGUCAAUUUUGUCUUUCCGAAUUUAACCUUAUUGAAGCUUGAAAAUCUACCAAAUCUUACUGUUUUCUACCAUGAAAUGCAUACUUUAGAAUGGCCAAAGUUGAAAGAGUUGGUGGUGAGAAAUUGUGCCAAGUAUCUGAGCUUCAAAAAAAACAAUAAGGAGAUUGAAUUUAAAAUUUUAGAUCCAAAAUCUAUCUUCUUGGAAGAUAAGGUAUGA